GCGGAAGCCGGAGACGGCGGGAGGGCCGGUGACUGGCCCCGGGCGGGAGCCGGGGCGACGGCAGCAGCGGCCGAGAGGACCGCGGCGAGGGAGGCGCAUCCAGCGGCCCCGGCGGCGGCCCGGGUCCGCGCGCUCGGGCAGCCGGCGGGAGCGGGACGGCGCGAUGGAGCCGCAGCACGUGCACCCCACGCCCUGCGCCCGCUGCCCGGCCUGGGAGGAAUCGGAGUCGGAGAGGAUGGCCGGGGCCGGCGGCCCACACCACCCUCCGGGGGCCGCGGGAGGAGCGGCCGCCGGGGCUGGCGCCGUGGUCACCCCCGCCGCUGCCUCGGCGGGGCCCGGAGAGGAUUCGUCCGACAGCGAAGCGGAGCAAGAGGGACCCCAGAAACUGAUCCGCAAAGUGUCUACCUCGGGGCAGAUCCGGACCAAGACCAGUAUUAAAGAGGGACAACUGUUGAAGCAAACCAGUUCUUUCCAAAGGUGGAAAAAGCGAUACUUUAAGCUUCGAGGCCGCACACUUUAUUAUGCAAAGGACUCAAAGUCUCUGAUAUUCGAUGAAGUUGACCUCUCAGAUGCCAGCGUGGCUGAAGCAAGCACGAAAAAUGCUAACAACAGCUUCACGAUAAUCACUCCAUUCAGAAGACUAAUGCUAUGCGCUGAGAACAGAAAGGAGAUGGAGGAUUGGAUCAGCUCUCUGAAGUCUGUACAGACCAGAGAACCCUACGAGGUGGCCCAGUUUAAUGUGGAACAUUUCUCAGGGAUGCACAACUGGUACGCCUGCUCCCACGCCCGACCCACUUUCUGUAACGUGUGCCGAGAGAGUCUUUCUGGGGUUACUUCCCAUGGCCUGUCCUGCGAAGUAUGUAAAUUCAAGGCUCACAAAAGGUGUGCGGUGAGGGCAACAAAUAACUGCAAAUGGACGACUCUGGCCUCCAUCGGGAAGGACAUCAUAGAAGACGAAGAUGGAGUGGCUAUGCCUCACCAGUGGCUAGAGGGUAACUUGCCUGUGAGUGCCAAAUGUGCUGUCUGUGACAAAACGUGUGGCAGUGUACUUCGUCUACAAGAUUGGAAAUGCCUUUGGUGUAAAACGAUGGUACACACUGCCUGCAAAGACUUAUACCAUCCUAUAUGUCCACUUGGCCAAUGUAAGGUGUCUAUCAUACCUCCAAUUGCCCUAAACAGCACUGAUUCUGAUGGUUUCUGUAGAGCAACAUUUUCAUUCUGUGUUAGUCCUCUAUUGGUUUUUGUCAAUUCUAAGAGUGGAGAUAAUCAGGGAGUAAAGUUCCUCCGACGAUUUAAACAGUUACUAAAUCCGGCUCAGGUGUUUGAUUUAAUGAAUGGAGGCCCUUAUUUAGGUUUAAGAUUAUUCCAGAAGUUUGACAAUUUCCGGAUUCUUGUUUGUGGAGGAGAUGGAAGUGUAGGUUGGGUUUUGUCAGAAAUUGAUAAGCUCAACUUGAAUAAACAGUGUCAGCUGGGAGUGUUGCCUUUGGGGACUGGAAAUGACCUUGCCCGGGUUCUUGGCUGGGGAGGUUCAUAUGAUGAUGACACCCAACUUCCCCAGAUACUAGAGAAGCUGGAACGAGCCAGUACCAAAAUGUUGGACAGGUGGAGUAUAAUGACCUAUGAACUCAAAUUGCCACCAAAGGCUUCUCUACUUCCAGAACCUCCAGAUGCAUCUGAAGAAUUUUAUAUGACACUUUAUGAGGACUCAGUUGCAGCUCAUCUUACAAAAAUCCUUAAUUCUGAUGAACAUGCAGUAGUCAUAUCAUCUGCCAAGAUACUCUGUGAAACUGUAAAGGACUUCGUUGCUAAAGUAGAGAAGGCAUAUGAGAAAACGUUGGAAAAUGCUGUUGUAGCUGAUGCUGUGGCCAAUAAAUGUUCAGUCCUAAAUGAGAAGCUUGAACAACUGCUCCAGGCUUUGCACACAGAUUCCCAGGCUGCUGAAGUUCUCCCAGGCAUUGGCUCUGUCAUUGUAGAAGAAGAUACUGUGGAAUCUUCAAGUGAAGAAUCCUUAAGUGAAAGCAGGGAACAACUCUUGGAUGACACUACAAAACCUUCCUCCCAGAAAGCAGUCAAACCAAAGGAAAUAAUGAUGCGGGCCAACAGUUUAAAGAAAGCUGUGCGGCAGGUCAUCGAAGAAGCAGGAAAAGUUAUAGAAGACCAGACAGUUCACCCCUGUGAACCAGUUAAUCAAUCAUUUGAUUAUGAUAGUACAGAAACAGAUGAAUCUAAAGAAUCUAAAGAUGAUGAUGCAAAAGAGUCAUUAACUGUUAAAACAGUACCUCGGUCUCCAGAUGGUCGGGCAAGUCGUUCCCAAACUGACUCUGGCCCUGGUUCAACUGUGGCAACCAGCAAAGAAAACCUCCCUGUGCUCAAUACCAGAAUAAUCUGUCCAGGUUUAAGAGCAGGACUAGCUGCCUCAAUUGCUGGGAGUUCUAUUAUCAACAAAAUGUUACUAGCAAAUAUCGAUCCAUUUGGUGCAACACCAUUUAUUGACCCAGAUCCAGAUUCAUUAGAUGGAUAUUCAGAAAAAUGUGUCAUGAACAAUUACUUUGGAAUUGGAUUAGAUGCAAAAAUUUCAUUAGAAUUUAAUAAUAAGAGAGAGGAGCAUCCUGAAAAAUGCAGGAGCCGAACUAAAAACCUGAUGUGGUAUGGGGUCCUCGGAACCCGGGAGUUAUUACAGAGAUCUUACAAGAACUUAGAACAGAGGGUUCAACUUGAGUGUGAUGGACAAUAUAUUCCUCUCCCCAGUCUGCAAGGAAUAGCAGUAUUGAACAUUCCCAGCUAUGCCGGAGGCACUAACUUUUGGGGUGGAACUAAAGAGGACGAUAUAUUCGCUGCACCAUCAUUUGAUGACAAGAUCCUGGAAGUCGUUGCAGUAUUUGAUAGUGUGCAAAUGGCGGUUUCAAGAGUCAUUAAACUACAGCAUCAUCGAAUAGCCCAGUGUCGUACAGUAAAAAUCACCAUAUUUGGUGAUGAGGGAGUGCCAGUGCAGGUGGAUGGCGAAGCGUGGGUUCAGCCUCCAGGGAUUAUCAAAAUUGUGCACAAAAACAGAGCUCAGAUGCUAACAAGGGACAGGGCUUUUGAAAGCACUCUAAAAUCUUGGGAAGAGAAACAGAAGUGUGAUUCUGAUAAACCAGUUCUUCGAACGCAUUUGUACAUCCAACAUGCCGUUGAUUUGGCCACGGAGGAGGUGUCCCAGAUGCAGCUGUGCUCCCAGGCUGCAGAGGAGCUCAUUUCCAGGAUUUGUGAUGCCGCCACAAUCCACUGUCUUUUGGAGCAAGAACUGGCACAUGCAGUGAAUGCCUGCUCCCACGCACUGAAUAAAGCCAACCCUCAGUUCCCAGAGAGUCUUACGAGAGACACUGCCACUGAAAUAGCCAUUAAUGUGAAGGCACUAUAUAAUGAAACAGAAUCUUUACUGGUUGGCAGAGUUCCUUUGCAUUUGGAAUCUCCACAUGAAGAGCGGGUGUCCAGUGCCUUACACUCUGUGGAGGUGGAGUUACAGAAAUUAACUGAGAUUCCCUGGCUUUAUUAUAUCCUACACCCAAAUGAGGAUGAGGAGCCGCCUAUGGAUUGCACCAAGAGAAACAACAGAAGCACAGUAUUUCGUAUAGUGCCAAAAUUUAAAAAGGAAAAGGUUCAGAAGCAGAAGACAACUUCACAGCCUGUUCAGAAAUGGGGCACAGAGGAAGUUGCUGCUUGGCUGGAUCUGAUCAAUUUGGGAGAGUACAAAGAAAUCUUCAUCCGUCAUGACAUCAGAGGGGCUGAACUUUUGCAUCUGGAAAGGCGAGAUCUGAAGGACCUGGGGAUACCGAAAGUGGGGCAUGUGAAGCGAAUUCUCCAGGGAAUUAAAGAGCUUGGAAGGAGCCCUCCCCAGUUUGAGGUGUAAUCAUAUUGGUGCUAUUCCUUGGAAGGAAAGUAAUUGCUACUUAAUACAAAGUUCUUGGGAGCAAUUGGCUGUUUGGUUUUCUGCCUAGAUAAGUAAGCACCACUAAGCACCUCUAUGGCUUGAUAUUUUGCUGUGGGUGAACAUUUUGAUUUGAAGUAUUAGAAAAUAUUUUUGUGCCAAAAAUACAUUUCACAAAGCCAUUUUCUUAUUGUGCAAACCUAACGUGUUCAAAUUUGCUCAUGUUAGUAAAAAAGUAGGAAGACUCUGAGACAAUUGGAUUGUUGAAAAGGUGGGAUUGCAAAUUGUUUAUUUUCCUUAAAGCUGGACACGUGGAAUGUUCUUAUUGUGCAACCAUAAAACAAUGUAUGGCUAAAACCUCUUAGAUCUCACUAUUGGAAGCAUUGGCUUCUUCCUUAAAAUCAUUGAUUAGGAGACUAAGAUAUAUCAAGGUGUGUUUUGGAUGUUAGAUUGGUAUCACCUCAGAUUCCUAGUGCUCAGUGGUCAAAUAAUAUGCUUAAAAUCCCUCAAAUACUAUGAAUGAAUGCGAAUCUGAAUGCACGAUGUUGCUGCCUGAAUUGUCUUUUUCUUGCAUGUCACAUCUAAUAUUGUUAACGCUUAGUUUUAAUGUCAGUUUUAAUGGAAUUAAUUUAUUACUACCUAAGUACUGAAGUACGUAAAGGCACCUUUCUUUGAUGUGGACUUUGUAUAAAUAUUCUGUAUCUGAGAAUUUUUGAACAUGUGUCUGUGCCAUAAUCAACAAAUGAUACACAUAUCUUGCAAACCAAUUUUAUAUCCACUUAUCAUAAACAAUAGGUAUACACAUUAAGAAAAUUCUGUGGAUAUUUUCAUAAAAUUACAUGUUCUGUUGUCUAACAACACUAUGUUUUUCUAAACCAAAAUUCCCACAUGUUCUUAUUUUUGCAUUUCAAUUUAAUAAUUAUUUAAUGCUGUGUUUGCAUUUAUAAUAGAGUAGACCGUUGACCUCCAGGAAUCCCUUCAGUGUCUCAGCUGGGAUUUGUAUACUGAUGUCUGAUUAGUCAUGCAGACUUUACCCACUAGUUCAAGCUACUCGUGACAUGAACUUCCUCUCAAAAAGGGAAAUUUAAAUUAUUUUAAAGGCCUUUACAUUCUUAUUAUUAUCUCACAUAAUUCUUAUAUCCUAUCAAGUAGCUAUUCCUUUUUCUAAGCUACUAUACUUUACUGUAGCCCAUUAGGAGUCAACAUUGCAAUUAUCAAAUCUUUGAAAGCCAACGGCAUACAUAUCAAAAAGUCAUGCAAAUAUCUUUAAAUAAGCUUUAGAUAUUAUAUACCAAAAAUUAAUUAUGAUAUUUAAAAAUCUUCUAUAUAAAAGAAGUAAACAGGGUACUGUACUGACCCAGUGGUGACAAUAUUCAUAAAGUAGCUUUCUAGGUAGGUGCUCAAUAAAUAUACAUACACACACAUAUAUACAUAUACACAUACAUAUGUAUAUACAUGCAUAUACAUUUAUAUGCGUAUUUAUACUUAUAAUUGCAAAAUAUACUCUCAUUGAUAUUUUCUAGACAACUAUUUGCUGAAUGCUUAAAAAGAAAUAUUGACGGGAAAGCAUUAAAAUGAACUAUUGUCAGACAUAAUUAGAUCAAAGGAGUUUAAAUAUUUGACACUUUAAUCUUAUUCAUAACUUUAGUAUUUAACUCUAGUGAAAAGUCACAAAAUUUGGAUAUCUUAAAAAUAAAUGAACCUGAUGAUUUCCUGACCAAGUAUGUCUGACUAUAAAUAUUUUACCUAAGUUGUGAAUAAAUGGAAAUUUUCCAAAGAGAAUUAUAUCAAGUAGCUUAAUGGAGUAAAAAGCCCUUUGCAUAAAAUGUUAAUGUUAUCCACACCUAAGAAAUCAAAGGCCUUCUUUUCUAGUCCAUUUUUUUAGCCCUACCCUCCACCCCUGCAAGGAGUCUUGCUCUCCUAGGCACUUUGCUGUGGAAUCAGUAUAGGAGAUGCCAGGUUCUCCAAACUCAGUGGAAGUCACAGAUCCCUGUCCAGCUUUGCCCAAAAAGGAAAGAUGGGUCAAGGAGGUGAGGAACUCUAGAAAAAAAUGAAUGAAUAUAAACCUCUUUAUUGAUUUUCACUGCCCUGAAAUACCACUUUGCCAAUAGAAAAAGUUCUCAAGCAUUUCUUGUAACAAAAGUUCUUACAUUUUCAGAAUGUAAGAGUAAGAUGUAAAUGAUUAAAUUUUUUUGUUUGAUGUUGAUCUUUCAUUCUUAGAUACCAUCUUUUAUAUUUACUGUAAAGCCUCUGUUAAUGGACUCUUUAGUUAGGUAGAAUUUUCCUGCAAGUGGCUCUUCGAUAAGGGAAAUCCUUUAAAAUGACAAUUUUAUUUUUUUUUAAUUUUGUUAAAUGAGAGUAAUUUUUCCUGUCCACUUUGUCAUUUGUGGUUACAUAGGACCAAAAUGACUUCAUUUAACACCUUUCUGCCAGGGUGGUGCCCUCAGAGCCUCCUUAGGCCCAGGUCAGUAUCACAGAGGAACCAGCUUCCUGUCAUAGAUGAAGUUACAAAAAAAAGUGGGAAGAAUUUUUGUCUGGUACCUGAUCACAGCUCUGGAAGGUGCAGGUGAGACCUUUGUGCCUUGAUCCACGCAUAAGCUGGGGUGAGAAGCCCAAGCCUGCUCCCAAAUGCCAGCUGUCCUUGCCACCUUUCCACUCCAAUAGACUGUUCUACAUGCAAAUAAUUUGGGAGGGACGGAGAGGAAUCACAGCCAACACCCACUUCCCUUCAGUCUCAUUUUCCUGAGGAAGAACUUGCUUUUCAAGAAGGAAAGGGACGGAGUCAGGCCUCAAUAAAUUUCAGUGUCUACUUGAUUUUUCUCUUCCAUGUCUUUCCACUCCCUUUCUGAGUUUCUGUCCCACUUCCUGGUUUCAUGUUUUCCCACAUGCCCAAGACAGCGAUGGUUGCUCACAUUCUCACUGCUGUAUACCGCUCUUUCCUCAUCAGCUGUCCUACCGCAAAAUGACCCCUUUCAUUUCUCCCCACCUUAGCACUCAUUGGGGCUCAUCUAGCCAAGUUUUAGAAAGAAAACAAUUUAAGGAAACUAAUUUUACAGUUUGCAUUUCAUAAAAG